CAUCGUCCCCGCAGCGCUGGCCAUCCAACGCCCAGCACCCCACCCCACCCACCGAGCCGGAGGAAGAAACGGUGCCGCGGCGCGGAGGAAGAAGCCUCUCGACCCUUCACCCCUCGCCCCGCCGCCCGAUCAAGUUGGUGACCCAUGGCGGCCGAGGGGGAGGACGAGGCGGCGGCGAUCGAGUGUCAGCUAGAGCAGCAGCUGCAGGAGCAGCGGUCCUCCCUCGCGGCCGUCGACGAGGCUCUCGCCGCCGACCCCUCCAACGCCGACCUCCUCGAGGUUCAUGAGGAACUUCUUGCUGCAAUUAAGGAUGCAGAGGAGGGACUUCUCCACCUGAAGCGCUCUAGGCUAGUGAAGCAAAUAGAUGAGAUCUUUCCGAAUCAGGAAGUGACAUCCCAAUCACCAGAAGUUGCUAUAGAACCAUUGGAUGCAGAUGAUGUUGAGCCAGAACCGUUGGAGCCACAUGAUUUUUCAGUUGGAUCAAAGUGUAGAUUCAGGCACAAGGAUGGUCGUUGGUACAAUGGAUGUAUUAUAGGACUUGAAGGUUCAAGUGAUGCUAGGAUCUCAUUUCUGACUCCAACAUCUGAAAACAUGUUGAUGUGCAAGUUCUUUCUACAGCAGCGAUGUCGGUUUGGUAGUAACUGCCGCAUGUCCCAUGGUGUUGUAAUUCCUACCUCAGCCUUGAAACAGUUCACUCCAACUAGAUGGCAGCAAUCCUUGGUAGGCUCCAGCAUACUGGCAGCUUCUGGGCAUCAUUCUGGCCUUUGGAGGAGGGCGGAACUCGAGUCAUGGGAUGAUGAUCUGAAGCUUGGCCAGGUGGUCUUUCAAGAUGAUGGGAGCUCUGCCAGGCUUCCAAGUGAUUCUCUUUCUAUCCCAGAAUAUGCUGAUAUGAGCAAUGACGUCAAUGAAGGAAGCUCCAGUGAGGAAGAAUCUGAGUUCAGUGAAGAUGGCGAUCAAGAGGAUGAUUCCAUUCAUCAGGGUAUUGGCCUUUUAGAAUCUACAAAUUUCGGUGGCAUACAGACAGACACCGUGAUCUUUGCAAAAUGGGAGCACCACACCAGGGGUGUUGCCUCUAAAAUGAUGGCAAAAAUGGGAUACCGAGAGGGGAUGGGGCUAGGUGUAUCUGGUCAAGGCAUGCUUGAUCCAAUUCCGGUUAAGGUACUACCCCCAAAGCAAUCACUUGAUCAUGCAUUUGCUGCUAGCGAGGCUGACGUAAGUAUUGGCAGUGGGAAAAAGCGCAGUCGGGGUGGGAAAAGGAAGCGUGAGAAGAAGUUUGCAGAACAGGCGAGGGCUGCUAAAGCUGAAGAAGCAGAGAGGUCUGUCUUCAACUUUCUCAACAGUCAGCUAGUGGGCCAAGAUGUGCCUGAACGUUCGGCCACCAAAUUUAGAAAGGGGCCAUCUGCUGAGGCCAAUGGGCAUGCUAAAAAGGAGGACAGAAGAUCCUUGGUCGCAUACGACGAGGAAGUAAAAGAACUAAGGAUUCGAGUUGAGAAACUGGAAGAAAUGAAAAACCGAAACCGCAAAGACAAGGCAGUGUACGAAGCGGCUUCAAGGAAAUUGGAAGAGACUCGAAAGGCACUCGCUGAUGCUGAAGCUACUCAUGCUUCAGCAACGAACGCGAUUGCUAGAAAGGAGAAAGAGAAGAAGUGGUUAAAAUUCUGAUAUCAAUUUCAUGUGCCAGUGAUGCAUGCCGUGAUGCAUGCAACUUAAGGACAGGCCGCUUGUCUAUUUCUCUUCUGAUAAGAAUCGUCUAUUUCUCUUCUGAUAAGAAUCUAGCGAUGCCGUGAUGCAUGCAACUUAAGAUUCUUCGUUCCAUCAGCUGUUUCACUUUUAUGCCUGUCAGGUUUUAGUAGAUCUGUUGUAGAAAUAGUAAUACUAAUUAUUAAAGGAUGUGGUAUCUAUUUAGAGGAGUUUUUGGCUCAUUAUAAUCAUCCUGUAAUAGUUCUGAAUCCAAUCAUUUGACACAACCGGUCAUUUCAUUUUCAUUUCCUUUCAGUAUAUCAGAUGGAUGAAUGCUACGCCUAUUCUGCUGUAUGCAACUACCAUUCCAUGUGAUUCCUGAUUUGAAA